UGUUACCAUCCGGUUAUGGUCUAAGCGAAAAUAGUUGAAGCAAUGGUUUGCGCCGAUGACUAAAUGCGCCUGUGCACACACGUCGAUGUGUUUCAGCUGGGUUAUCAAAGUGCCUGAGUUCACGUAGCUCGAGUUUACCAUAGUAUUUCUUCAUGAACUCCACAGAAAACUGCAAUGGACUGUACUAUUAAGGAAGCCUUAUCGGUGGUGAGUGAAGACCAGUCCAUAUUCGAGUCACCCUUCAGUGGGCCUCAGGCCAUGCAUAUGAAGGAAGAGAUCGGCUCACCUGCAGUGUUCAGACAGGGUUCUGAAGAAAGCUCCGAACCUACCGAGCCGGACUGGACCGGAUCGACCACACAGAAUGCUGCAAAAAGAGCAGAACACAUCAACGGAACCAGUCGUGAGUCCCCGGUGGACUGCAGUGUGACAAGAAGGACCCGACACAUGAGCAACAGCGAUGGGGGGCAGCUGGCCUAUCAGGCCUCGUACACUGAGCCACGGAGCAGCCCACAGUCCACCACGCCGCCUAGCACCACCACCAUCACCACAGAGGAGAAGAGGGUCAUUGUACCGGCAGACCCAGAGGUUUGGACACAAGACCAUGUACGGCAAUGGGUGGACUGGGCCAUAAAGGAAUACGGGCUGUCAGAUGUGGACGUGUCCCUCUUCCAGACACUGGAUGGAAAAUCGCUCUGCAAAAUGACCAAAGAGGACAUGAUGCGUGUCACUUCCGCUUACAACACAGACAUCCUGCUUUCCCACCUAAACUACCUCCGGGAGAGUAGCCCCACCUUUUCCUACCCCACAACCCCAACCAAUACACAACCACAACCCAGAAUACAAGUGAAAGCUGAAAACAGCUUUGAGGAGAUCAGCAGAAGGAACAGUUGGUCCUCAAGUCAAUUGCCAGCUGUCCCAAAAGGUUCUCCAAUUGACCAUCAGCACAAUAACAGAGUUACAGAGCCUCCACCAAGACCUGCGCAAGACCCCUACCAAGCGUUAGGCCCUAUCAGCAGCCGCCUUGCAAAUCCAGAAACGAAACCAUUCAACACCAAGAAACGAUCGUCCAAACAAAAUUCUUACAACCUGCCCAUCACCAGCUCUGACAGGACCGUGGGCUCUGGUCAGAUCCAACUGUGGCAGUUCUUGCUGGAGCUUUUGUCUGACAGCAAUAACGCUGGCAUCAUUACCUGGGAGGGAACCAACGGUGAAUUCAAGAUGACCGACCCAGAUGAGGUGGCCAAGCGCUGGGGGGAGAGGAAAAGCAAGCCUAACAUGAACUACGACAAGCUCAGUCGUGCCCUUCGCUACUACUACGACAAAAACAUCAUGACCAAGGUGCACGGAAAGCGCUACGCAUACAAAUUCGAUUUCCAAGGCAUUUCCAAUGCUCACCAAAACCAUCCUCCAGAUGGUGGCAUGCUCAAAUACCAGGGAGAAGUUCCCUAUGUGCAGACCUAUCAAAGUCACCAGCCCAAAAUGAACUUCAUGAGCACCCAUACAACCCAUAUGCCCGUUUCGUCAGGGAAUUUCUUUGGGCCUUCCAGCACCUGUUGGAAUUCUACGACAGGGGUGAUGUAUCCAAGCUCACCCAUGCCACGGCAUCCCAGCACGCAUGCUCAUUUGAACAUGUAUUACUAAACAGUGGAAGACUUGGCGAUCACAAAGCCUUAAAGCAGAGCGUAUGGCAUUCAUAGCCACGUUUCUGGGGUUUAUGAGGUUGCCAAAGCAUAUCGAUGGUUUCUUAAAAAGUGUUUGAUGGUUUUAGUAAAAAAAAUCAACCAAACUUGGGGGAUUUAUAUCCAAUGCGAGAUGUAGUCAUUCAAAUUUCUUGUAGCAUUCUCCAUCUAGUGGCAUUUUUGUACAGUAUAUAUUCAUACCAAAGAGCUGUACUUCAGGGCUAAAUUGUAAAUAUGUCUUGCAUGUUACAUAUAAGGCUUUUGCAAAAAAAACAAAAAUUAAUGAAUUCAUAUCCAAUUUUCACAUGUAAUAUGACUUUUGUAUGCAUUUUCUUUGUACAGAUGUUUUAACCAAAUAACAUUACUCACAUAAGUGUAACAUUAUGUAUUUCACACCAAUAAAAACAUGUAGCUCACUAAAUGCGUUUUUG